AUGCACUUAAUCCAGGUGUUAUUAAACGUUAUCUAUGGAGACACGGCUCUUCGUUUAUACGAACAACUUGUCCUGCAUUAACAGCAAUGGAGUAUGUGGAUUGCCAUUUUUAUAAUUGGGCCUUGGAGGAGUUCAAAUAUCCUUGGCCAACGCCGGACAUGCAGAUCUACAAGGACUACUGGCCAUGUGGCCUUGAGAGAAAUAUAAAAAAUACGCCCGUUAAACACGCGGUCUUCGUGCAGUGUUUGAAUGCGAGCUUUGGGGGCAUAGCGGAAGCAGAAUGGAUGAUGGACAUGGUCUCGAUUCACCCGGUCGUUGUGGGCAUUGUGGCUGGACUCGACCUGACCAGUCCAGAUCUGGAUUCGGUUAUCACUUCGCUCAAGGCAAAGGGUUGUUUAAAAGGGGCAAGACAUCUCCUAAAUUUCGAGGCAGACGAUUGGUUGACGCGAGAUGACGUCAACAGAGGACUCGAUACCCUGGCUAAACAUGACCUCACAUUUGACCUGGCUAUAAGGCACGAAAACCUUCCAUUGAUCUCCACCGUAGUCGCAAAACAUCCAAGCCUCCGAUUCAUUUUAAACCACAUUGCCGAACCAAACUUUUCAGAGGGUAGGACGACGGGCUGGUGGGAUGACAUGGAACAGAUUGCCAAAUACCCAAAUGUUUUCUGCAAAAUAUCUGGAUUGAUUGCUGAGGACAAGAAAGACACGUGGAAGGCCAUUGACUAUCAACCUUUCAUCGAUCACGUUCUCUCGGUUUUUGGAGUAGACAGAUGUGUGUUUGGAUCAGACUGGCCCGUUUUCGAAAAUGCUGGGGUCACCUAUGAAGAAAACCUGGCCAAUACAGAAAAACUCCUGGCAAAACUCGGCCCAAAUGACAGAUUGAAGAUAUUUCGGGAAAACGCAAUCAGAGUUUAUAAACUGGAUUUGUAAUGUGCACAUAUUCAUACAUUUGGCUUCAUUGAGAAAGUAACCUUAUGAAUAAAUGUGCGCAUAUUGUAAAUAUAUUUGAAAUUCCUAAUCUCAUUCCGUUUGCAAAAAAUGCAAUGACUUUGAUCUAACCUGUUGUUGACCCCUUUUUAUGACCGGGACGCAACGAAUUUGUAUUGCAAGUAAUCUUUCGUGUCAUAUGUUCCAUGCUACUCACGGUAAGUUGUAACAAAUCCAUAUGAUGAUGGAAAGUAUUCCAUGGGUGACCUUUCUGCUUAAUAACUUCAUCUGAACAUGAAAACAAACCACGUUUAUCCGGAAGAAGUAUUGACAUUGUAUUUUUUGGCAGAGUUGAUCGACCGUUGUUUUAUCAUUUAAUCGAUUUCUUUCAUUUUGUUUUAUAAAUAUCACUUGAAUUUGGCAUGCAUUCUGCUAGAUUUGUUGUCUUUACGUUAAAAUAAAACAUACAUGUUGCAUAUUAAAAGUCUUAAAGUA